UCGAACGCAGCGUCGAGAUCAGUCAGGUGCCGGGCACCCAGCCGAACGGACGUGCUUCUUUUUAAAAGUAUCGAUCGCCCCAACAACACAAGAAAAAACCAAAGGUCGUCCCGCAAAGUGGUGCGUGCUUGAUUUUUACGCUCUCUCCCUGUGUGUAUGUGUGUUUGUGCAUAAGAGUUUAGACCGGUGAUCCAAAGGGAGUGCAAAUAAAAAGGAUUUAAAGAGAGAAAUAUGGGCAAACAUUCUACUAAAAAGUGAUAAAAUCACUCAAAAGGAAGGAUACAAGAAAUAUUUAAAGAAGUGACAGCAAAAAAUCCUUACUGUGGUUACUUAACCACAACCAGUGAAUCCGUGAAGUUAUCGCAUUAGGCAUAAGGUGUCCUGGCAGUGUUCAAAGUGUAGCUCAAAUUUAUCUGUGCCCGUUAUUAAAAUCGCCACAACCUAUUGCAAGCUUGGAAGCAGCUCGGAAGCACCUUGCCGAUCGUAAUCCUGCAACUUCAAGAAGGGACAAGACAUGGCACACUUAUCGCCGCCACCGUCGCCACCAGUGGGCCAAACACCACCGGCCGUAAGUGCGUUAAACGCGCUGAACGCUUCCUCGGCGAACCUUAUCCAGCGUGCCUCAGCCUUCAGUUCCGUGCUUGGUCAGAAAUGGAAUCCACGAGAUCUUCUUCUGCUGUACAACCCCCUAUUCUACUCUGGUGCUGGCUUCCCGUGGCCACAGUUCCUACUACCUCAGCAACCAAUCACACCGGUUUCGCCCAACUUAAAUACUAGUCGCGACUACACGCUUACCCCCGAGAAGGAAGAGAUCGUCGAUGAAGAUAUGCCACUGAACCUCUCGAUGAAGCCUUCCACCUCGACGCCGAACGCUCGCCACACGGCGGCCCUUUCGACCCAUUCGAUCAACAUCUGGUCACCGGCGAGCAUGUGCGAGAAGGAAACGAUAGACGGCGACAACCAAAGCAACAUCGACAUCGAGAACGACGAUGACUCGAGCGGGGAUCUUCAAAUCGAUGAGUCGUUUGACUCGAACCACCACUACCAUCAUCACCAGCAGCAUCACCUACAGCAGCAGCAGGAACAUCGUGAUCGUCAGCGGGAAACGGCACGCAUCCUGACGGAGUACAACAGCUUGCUGCUGAACGGUGCCAACCGGCAGUCCCGAACCGCCCAGGACUACUUCAACUACAGCAAGAUCAGCAAAGGUUACUUCACGCACCUACAGCAGCAGCAGAAGAAUCUGGAGAUACUGCGCCAAAAUCGGACCGAUCUGUUCGUGAUCAAUGGGGGGAACGCACCGACCAACAACGACAACAACAACAAGGAGGGCGUUAAGAACCAAAACACUCAGGGCCACACGGGUGGCAGUGGGCGAAUGUGUGGUGUUGGUAGCAGUGGCGGUACUAGUAGUGGUGGGUUGGGACCUAGUGACAGUAGUGAAACGAUACCGGGUGGUGAUCAGUACGGGUACCUAAAGUCGGAACCGAUGGUGGCCACCGCGACCCGGCCCGAUUCCACGCAACCUCAUUCGGACAGUCCGUACGGCAGUUCGAACGAUUCUUCCUCCCAUGGCCACUCGAUCGUGAGUACACCGACCGGCGAGGGCAAGAAAAGCGUCAAGCUGUAUCAGUGCAAACAGUGCGGUAAAACGUUCAAGCGUUCGAGCACACUGUCGACUCAUCUGCUGAUCCACAGUGACACCCGGCCCUAUCCCUGCCAGUACUGUGGCAAGCGUUUCCACCAGAAGUCCGACAUGAAGAAGCACACGUACAUCCACACCGGUGAAAAGCCUCACAAAUGUGUCGUCUGCCUGAAGGCGUUCAGCCAAAGCUCUAAUCUCAUCACGCACAUGCGCAAACACUCCGGCUAUAAGCCCUUUUCCUGCGGCCUGUGCGAUAAGGCAUUCCAGCGCAAGGUGGAUCUGCGGAGGCACCGCGAAGGUCAGCAUAACGAGCCCGGCACGGUGACGAGCCCGAUCGAUAUGGUGCGGUACGAGACGGCCAAGCUAAACCACAGCCACACCGGCAGCGAACCGGACGAUAUGAUGGACGAGUCGAGCACGCUACCAUCCGACUAUCACCCGGCCGACAUCAAGAUGGAGCAGGUUAGCAGCAGUUGCUCCUGAUUGCUCCCGGUUUCCCCUCCAGCACUGCUGCUAGCCGGCUGGAAUGUUGGCCCUUCGCUGCUCCUUCAAAAUCAAAGGUAACAAUCCAUCCUUAACGAAAGGGAAUCGGAGAUAAAGGAAUCGACAAACAAACACGCAGCAACCCUACCAAAUGUUCCUUCAAGUUUCUGCCUUGCUGCUCAAUUUCCUUUCGCGGGUCGUCUUCCCGUAACCUCCAAGCCAAGAGGACACACGAAAGGAAGGAAGCAUUCGUUUCCCCUCAAUUCGUGAGCUGCUUCUAAUUCAUACAAACAAGUGGAUUCUGCAGCCCAUUGCCAUUUUGGCCUUUGUGUUUCAGUGCGGUGUGUCUUACCAGCGAGAGCUCACUGAACCCCUGAAACCUAAACAGAGCAGAUGGUACUGAAAUUGUUCGCUGUCCGGCGGCAAAAGCAGAAUCGUUUCGUUUGUGGCGAAAUAAAUCAGUUCACGAUCGUGUAGAAGUAAGUAGGUGCCCCAACCGCAAAACGUUUUUGCUCAGAAAAAAAGGGUUCUCAAAGAUUAAAAGGCAAACCUUGGUUGGCUACCAUAUCCGUCCGUUCUUUGUCGGGUAGCUAGGUCUAAGAGCUGUUAGCCUGUUAGUAAGUAAGGUGAGCUGUGCGGUUCGUCACAGAUAUUUAUUUUGCUCCUAAUUAUUACCAUCGAAACACCACCGUAUGACACCAGCUUAAGUGUAAUGUAGCGCAAAUUUUUUUUCUCUGAUCUAGCUAUACCAAAGCUAAUGUCUGGGCGGAGAGGUUGAUUGGACGGGUGAAGAAGAGAUGGCUGAUGGUAACUUCUUCAAACAACGAUCGAAAGGAAGCUAAAUCGAGGCCUAAAAGCUUUUAACUCUUACUUAAAUUAAUUCUUUCGCAAAUCAAUCACUUACAAUCUGUUUUAGAGCAUCUAGUCCCAGGAAAGGUUUUGCAAAACUACCAUUAACAGCUCCCUUCUUCCAAGUCCAAUCCACUCACCGCAUCGCGACAUUACAUCAAAAUUAAAGAGGCAAGUCCAACGACGAGUGUGAAUCGUUACCGCGUACUAAGAACAUUGUAUCUAAAUUGUUUCGUCUCUAUUGUAACUCUACCUGGUCUAGCGGGGAAAAAUGACCUGGUCCAUUAACGUUUAAGGCAGUUCGGUUUUGAUGUCCCAAAAAAAAAAAGCGAAACGAAACUCCAUCAUCAUUAGUCAUGCAACUAGUUAUGUAUAAUCCUUCAAACGUUAGACUAUGUUUGCUGCUUGCCCGCAGAAAAGGGCAACACCUCGUCUUUAGUCAUGAAUUAGUAUGCCACUUAUUCUCAUAUCAGCUACAUGACCAAAGAGAAGCUUUCAAAUUUUCAAAACAAAACACCUGGCGCCCGGUUGUUCUGGGGAGCUCUAAUCAUUGCAUUUGCCCAACAGUCGGUGCGUGCCGCGGUGUCUUUCGUUUUUCCUUCUUCUUUUUUUAUUUCAAUCGAACUCAACCCAACCAAUCCACUACCACUGGCGUCCAAUUUUCUGCUAGGGAAUGUCUGUUAUCUAGUGUCUAGAUAUGUUAAUACUGUGCGAGUAUUGCAAACGAAAAAGCUAAGGUAAACGAUCCGGUUGGAAAAUCGUUUCCUUCGUCCGGUUUUUGGGGAUUAAGAUUAGUUAGAACGAGAGGGGGGGGGGGGGAAUUAGAGGUAAGGAUGAGGUUAACAAGGUAAGGUGUCUCUAGUGUUAAAGCAUAAUGGUUAACCGUGUAGGGUAAGUAGCGACUAGUUUAAGCAUGGUACCCCGAACGGAAAGGGCGAGCGACAUUGUAUACAUAUUACUCUGUACGACGAAUAAAAGCUAUGAAAGUAUCUCAAAUGUAA